GGACCACAGCCAGCCUCCCGUAGCUGCGACGGGAGUGAUGCGAAUGCAAAGACAGCAGCUUCAAAGUCGUCUUCACAGCCAUCACAUGACGCCGAAACGAUAAGAUCUCGACUACCCUUCCUGACCGAAGGCCUCAACUCCUUCUCGACCCACAACAUCUGCUUGGAAAGUGACACAUCCCCCGACGCCUCAGAGCGCACAUCUUCUCCUUUCAAGACAGGCGACAAGCAGAAUGAAUCGGACACUUCGACUCUUUGCAUCCGCCUCCUCUGCGAGCGGAGCAUCAUCCUCCGCCUGGGCUGGAAGACCCAGCAGCCACGCAGCCAGUCAGACGUACCUCGUCGUAGCCCACGAUGCGCGUGGCGCAGACAUCAUGGCGAAGCGUCUGGCUGUGCGCGAAAACCAUCUGGAGGGAGCGAGACGGGGCAAGCGGGAUGGCAGGAUCCUGCUUGGUGGUGCGCUCCUGAGCCGCGACUUUUCCGAGCUGAGCGAAGAGGGGCCAAAGGGAGCCAUGGCGGGUAGCGUCAUGCUGGUUAGAGGCGAGUCCGUUGCGGAGGUCCGAUCGCGCAUCGCGCAAGACCCGUACGUGACUGGAGGCGUGUGGGAUCCGAGCAACAUCAGCGUCCACCCUUUCGCAGAAGCGCCGCUUAAAAAGUCGCAGAGUGUCAAUGCUGCUGGCGCCGCUGCUGGUGCUACGCCUGCCACGCCUGCUCACACGCUGGGACAACUUCGAGGAGAAGCUGCCAAAGCUGCUGCGGCUGCCAACAUGACCCUGUCCCAGUUGCGCACCGUCCACACCAAGACAGGCUGA